AAAGUGGGCAAAGUGGGACGACACUAAUUGCAAAGGAACUUCCUCCCCGUGUUAGAAACGUAAUACGCAUCUCCCUGCUUAUAAAAACCCGCUUUCCCUUCUUCAUUACUCCAUCUUACCACCAUCCCUCAAUCUUACCAUUCAACUUUUUGUGAAAUAAUCUGAAUUCUUGCCAUGGACAAAUUAUUCUCUGCUAUACUCUGGCUGUUUGCAUUUACAUGCUGUUUCCCUCAUAUGAUAAGCUGCAAUAUCUCAUGCCUCCCUCAUGAAAGAGAUGCUCUGCUUGCUUUCAAGAAUGAAUUGCAUCAUCCAUUUCUAUGGCAGGGCUUUAAUUGCUGCGAAUGGAGGGGAGUGGAGUGCAGCUCCCACACCUCCAAUGUUAUCAAACUCCAUCUUGCCAAUCCCUCAGAGAAUGUGGAACAUUACUGGUCUAGUGAGGGAAAUGGCAGGCUUACUACAGAUCUGUUCCAAUUAAAACAGCUGCAGCAUUUAGAUCUAAGCUUCAAUUAUUUGACUGGUGUUCUGCCCAAAGGUCUAUUUGCCCUUCAAGAAUUGAGACAUCUAGAUUUGAGCUUCAACCAUUUUGAGGGUGAAAUACCAAAUCAUUUUGUCUCAUUGCACAAGUUGGCUUAUCUCAACUUGUCCAUGGCUGGGUUCAAUGGUACAAUUCCAUAUCAAUUGGGGAAUCUUUCUCAGUUGGCAUUUUUGGACCUAUCUCGUACACUUGUGUUUGAAUUUGGAAUAGAGUUUGCACUUGGUGGGAAAAGAUACAGUCCUAGUUUGGUGUGGACAGAAAAGCUGCGGAAAUUAAAAUACUUGUCUCUGAGUGGAGUAGUGCUGAAUAUGACAGGAAAGCAAUUGGAAGGACCCCUUUCUCAUCUCCACAAUCUCCAACACCUCCACCUUGCAGAUUGCAUGCUUUCAGGCCACAUUCCCAAUGCUAUCCAAAACCUCACUUUCCUCUCCCACCUCCAUUUGGGUUCCAACAGCUUUGAAGGGUCAAUGCCUUUGUGGUUAGCAAAUAUGACGAGGUUGGUUUCCCUUUCAUUCUUUGGCUCUCAAUUAAAUGGUUCAUUUCCCCUAAGUCUCUCUCAUCUGCCUACUUUAAAAAAGCUCGAUUUGGGGGGGAACAACUUAUUAAGUGGAAAUCUAAGCCAAAUACUAUGCGGGGAUUGGUCUCAGCUCACUGUAUUUAUUCUCCGUAGGUCAAGUGUAAUAGAAAGUAUCCCAUCUUGUAUUGCAAACAUUUCCACCCUCGUAACUCUUAAUUUAGGAUCUAUUAAAAAAAUGGGAGGCUUUAUACCUUCUGUCAUUGGCAAUCUCUCCAAUUUACAAAAUCUGUAUCUUAAUGGUAAUUUAUUGGAAGGAGAGAUUCCAUCAUCACUGGGUCAAAUUUCAUCUCUAACUCUGUUGUAUCUAUCUCACAAUCUGUUGAGUGGCACUAUCCCAUUCCAGCUAGGAGAACUGUCAUCUUUAGAAUAUCUGUAUCUUAAUGACAAUCAACUAAAUGGUAGCAUCCCGAUUUCAUUGAGAAGUCUUUCUAGUAUUAAAUACAUUUGUCUAUCUUCAAACAACCUUCAAGGUAAUCUUUUUCUUAGUUCUUUUCAAAAUUUGACUAUGAUUUCUAUGCUUGAUCUGUCUAACAAUGAGUUGACUGUCAUUAUUGAAUCAGAUUGGAUACCCACAAUAUACUUUAAACAUUUGUAUUUAGCUUCAUGUAAUAUUAGUAGUAUCAUUCCACCAUUCAUUUCUACACAAUAUAGAUUAGGCAGUUUGGAUCUAUCCAACAAUAGUUUAUUUGGAAAUAUUCCAAAUUGGCUGGGGAUGCUUCCUAAUCUAUAUGAUCUUAACUUGUCACACAAUAUCUUGGAAGGUCUAGUUCCCUAUAGCUUCAAUAGAAGUAAUUUUUACGUAUUGGACUUACAUAGUAAUAAAUUACAAGGUCCUCUUCCAAUUUCUUCAAUGUCAUUGGGUUUGCAGCUGUUGGACUUAUCUCAAAAUGAAUUCAAAGGGUCCAUUGCAGUGGAUAUCGGCAAUCUUCUACCAAACAUUCAGUUUUUGUCAUUUUCAGCAAAUGAUCUAAGUGGUGAGAUACCUUCUUCAAUUGGUCUUCUACAACAGAUGGAGGUUUUGGAUCUCUCAAAGAACAAAUUAUUUGGUAAAAUACCAUCAAGCAUAACUAAUUGCUCUGUGCUCAAAAGACUAAACCUAGCAAAUACAGGUUUAAUAGGAGAGAUACCAUAUAAUAUAGGAAUGCUAAGCAAUCUUGGGUCACUUCAUCUCAAUGGCAAUAUGUUGAAGGGAAACUUGCCAUCAAGUCUUAAGAACUGUUCUAGUUUGCAAAUUUUAGACUUGGCUGACAAUCUCUUUUAUGGAAACAUACCACUUUGGUUGGGCCAGUUCUCUGAGUUGAUGAUACUUGUUUUGAGGUCAAAUAAAUUUGAAGGACACAUUCCACAUCAAUUAAGCAAUCUAUCAAGUCUUCAUGUUUUAGACAUUUCUCACAAUGGUUUGAUUGGUGGUAUACCACCACAAUUAGCAACAUUGAUAAGUAUGAGAAAUUCUACAUUGGGAAUCUCACAUGGCAAUGGUGGUAGCUCCUAUUAUUAUAAAGAAGGGAUCCAAGUGUUCAACAAAAGAUUAAAAAUGGAGUAUGUAAGUUCAGUGAUGUUAUUGAUAACUUGCAUUGAUCUAUCUUCAAAUAAGCUAUCAGGUAACAUUCCUCCAGCAAUUGGAAAUCUUAAAGGUCUUCACACAUUGAACUUGUCAAAUAAUAAUCUUACAGGAGAGAUUCCAAGCAACUUUGGAAUGCUUACAGAUUUAGAGUCGCUUGAUCUUUCAAACAAUAAAUUGCAUGGUAGGAUUCCAAAUGAAAUGCUACAAGUUUUCUCUCUGAGCUUUUUCAUUGUAUCAGGCAACAUGUAGUACCCCUACCGUAAUCAAUCUCUAACCUUGGUUUAAUCUUGAUUAGUUUAUCGUAAUAUUAUGUUAUAGUCAGAUGUUUGAUUUAAUGCAUAGCUAGUGAUGUGGUUUCACUCUAGUUGUAUGCAAGUUGUUAGUGUACCUAUCUCGUGGUAUUAUUAUCAGGCUAACGCUUUCAUUUAGUUAUUAUAUAUGUAUGCAUGUAUGAUCUUUGGUUGCAGGAGAUUUCAGGUACAAAGUCGCGUGAGUGUGAAGUUCGUCUUCACCUGGGUUUGCAGGUUUGAGUGUACUUUUUUUAUCCUUAGAGUUGGGAUAGGUGGUCGUAAGACCCUAGUUGGCCUUAGUCGUGCUCCAGUGAGCAUCGCCAGUCGUCGUCGGUAAUCCCCUUCUUGUUUGGGUUUGCGAGUCGUCUGUUUGGUUGGCCUUCUCGGUUUGCGUGCUUGGUGUGUUUGGUUAAAUUGAUUAAUUAGUCCUUAGUAAUUAUCUGGAUUAAAUUAAUCAGGUCUUCGUUAUGCGAGUUUUCGUUGAUAUUGAAUUGCUUAUUUUUAAUUGGGAGUAAAUUCGAUUAAAUGACUGUUUUGAAUAUUUAAUGCAUUUUAUAUAUGCUGUUAAAAAAAGAAAGUCUUGUAUUUUAUCGCAAUAGAUUAAUUGUAUUCUGUUGGAUUAUUAAAUUAGAAAGGUUAAAUUUGAUUUUAUGAGAAAUCGAUUUUUUAAUUGAAAAAGCAAGUUAUAUAGUUGAUAUUGUUGAAAAGAAUUAAUUUUUGAGUAUUAUUUUUAAAUAAAAGAUUUUUAUUCCAAAAAUGGAAUUUUUGGGUCAACUCUUCCAUAUAACCCAAAUUUGGGGAAAAAUGGAGGGAUGGACAUUUUGGGGGAGAUUUUGGAGAUGAAUUGGAGGAUUUUGGUGGAAGAAGGAGGAUUUGGG